AUGGGUGCUAAUGUCAAUGCUAAGGACACACUGUGGCUGACCCCUCUUCAUCGUGCUGCUGCUUCCCGAAAUGAGAAGGUGCUGGGAUUGCUGCUGGCACAUUCAGCAGAUGUGAAUGCCCGGGACAAGCUGUGGCAGACACCAUUGCAUGUGGCUGCCGCCAACCGGGCCACGAAGUGUGCUGAGGCUCUGGCACCCCUGUUGAGCAGCCUCAAUGUGGCUGACAGGAGCGGGCGCAGUGCCCUGCAUCAUGCAGUGCAUAGUGGGCAUCUAGAGACGGUGAACCUGCUCCUGAACAAGGGAGCCAGCCUGAAUGUUUGUGAUAAAAAGGAGCGGCAGCCUCUGCACUGGGCAGCUUUUCUAGGGCAUCUGGAGGUCCUGAAACUGCUGGUGGCACGGGGAGCGGACCUCAGCUGCAAGGACCGCAAGGGCUAUGGGCUUCUCCACACAGCUGCUGCCAGUGGCCAGAUUGAAGUGGUGAAGUACCUGCUCCGGAUGGGGGCUGAGAUCGAUGAGCCCAAUGCUUUUGGAAACACAGCUUUGCACAUCGCCUGCUACCUGGGCCAGGAUGCUGUGGCUAUUGAGCUGGUGAAUGCAGGAGCCAAUGUCAACCAGCCGAAUGACAAGGGCUUCACGCCGCUGCAUGUGGCUGCAGUCUCUACCAAUGGCGCUCUCUGCUUGGAGCUGUUGGUCAAUAACGGGGCUGAUGUCAAUUACCAGAGCAAGGAAGGGAAAAGUCCUCUGCACAUGGCUGCCAUCCAUGGUCGUUUCACCCGCUCCCAGAUCCUCAUCCAGAAUGGCAGCGAGAUUGAUUGUGCUGACAAAUUUGGGAACACGCCACUGCACGUGGCUGCUCGCUACGGACACGAGCUACUCAUCAGCACCCUCAUGACCAAUGGCGCGGAUACCGCCCGGCGCGGCAUUCACGACAUGUUCCCUCUGCAUUUAGCUGUUCUCUUUGGAUUCUCUGACUGUUGUCGUAAGCUUCUUUCCUCAGGUCAGCUGUACAGCAUUGUAUCUUCACUCAGCAACGAGCAUGUGCUUUCAGCUGGGUUUGACAUCAAUACGCCUGACAACCUUGGCCGCACCUGUCUUCAUGCUGCUGCUUCUGGAGGGAAUGUUGAAUGUCUUAAUUUGCUGUUGAGCAGUGGAGCUGACUUGAGGAGGAGAGACAAAUUUGGAAGGACCCCACUGCACUAUGCAGCCGCCAAUGGCAGCUACCAGUGUGCAGUCACACUGGUGACUGCUGGGGCGGGUGUCAACGAGGCCGACUGUAAAGGCUGUUCUCCCCUCCACUACGCUGCCGCCUCUGACACCUACAGGAGAGCGGAACCCCACUCAUCGUCCAGCCACGAUGCUGAAGAGGACGAGCCACUGAAGGAGUCCCGCAGGAAGGAGGCCUUCUUCUGUCUGGAGUUCUUACUGGAUAACGGUGCAGACCCCUCCCUGCGGGACAGGCAGGGCUACACAGCUGUGCACUAUGCAGCCGCCUACGGCAACAGACAGAACCUCGAACUGCUCUUAGAAAUGUCCUUUAACUGCCUGGAGGAUGUGGAGAGCACCAUUCCAGUUAGCCCUUUGCACUUAGCUGCCUACAACGGUCACUGUGAAGCCCUGAAGACACUGGCUGAGACGCUGGUGAAUCUGGAUGUAAGGGACCACAAGGGCCGGACCGCGCUCUUCCUGGCCACUGAGCGAGGCUCUACUGAGUGUGUGGAGGUGCUUACGGCCCACGGCGCCUCUGCUCUCAUCAAGGAGCGCAAACGCAAGUGGACACCCCUGCACGCUGCUGCUGCCUCUGGCCACACUGACUCCCUGCACUUGCUGAUCGACAGUGGGGAACGCGCCGACAUCACUGAUGUCAUGGAUGCCUAUGGACAAACCCCACUGAUGCUGGCCAUCAUGAAUGGCCACGUGGAUUGUGUCCAUCUGCUGCUAGAGAAAGGAUCCACAGCUGAUGCUGCUGACCUCCGGGGCCGCACCGCCCUCCACCGUGGGGCAGUGACUGGCUGUGAGGACUGCCUGGCUGCCCUGCUGGACCACGAUGCAUUUGUGCUGUGCCGAGACUUCAAGGGCCGCACCCCCAUCCAUCUGGCCUCAGCCUGCGGCCACACUGCAGUGCUGCGGACGCUGUUGCAGGCCGCCCUUUCCACAGACCCCCUGGAUGCUGGCGUGGACUACAGUGGAUACUCGCCCAUGCACUGGGCCUCCUACACUGGACAUGAAGAUUGUCUGGAGUUGUUACUUGAACACAGCCCGUUUUCAUACCUGGAGGGAAACCCCUUCACUCCUUUGCACUGUGCAGUAAUUAAUAACCAGGACAGCACCACAGAGAUGCUGCUGGGAGCUCUGGGUGCCAAGAUUGUGAACAGCCGAGAUGCCAAAGGACGGACCCCUCUUCACGCCGCUGCCUUCGCGGACAAUGUAUCUGGGCUCCGGAUGCUACUGCAGCAUCAAGCCGAGGUGAACGCCACUGACCACACUGGCCGCACUGCGCUCAUGACGGCGGCCGAGAACGGCCAGACCGCUGCUGUGGAAUUUCUGCUGUAUCGAGGGAAGGCAGACCUUACUGUGCUGGAUGAGAACAAGAACACUGCCCUCCACUUGGCUUGUAGCAAGGGCCAUGAGAAAUGUGCCCUCAUGAUCCUGGCAGAAACCCAAGACCUUGGCCUUAUCAAUGCUACCAACAGUGCGCUGCAAAUGCCACUCCACAUUGCUGCCCGGAAUGGUCUAGCUUCUGUGGUGCAGGCCCUGCUAAGUCGUGGGGCCACAGUGCUGGCUGUGGAUGAAGAAGGUCACACCCCAGCGCUGGCCUGCGCCCCCAACAAAGAUGUGGCAGACUGCCUGGCCUUGAUCCUCUCCACCAUGAAGCCUUUCCCACCCAAGGACGCCGUCAGUCCUUUCAGCUUCAGCCUGCUCAAGAACUGCGGCAUCGCAGCAGCCAAGACGGUGGGUGGCUGCGGCGCCCUGCCCCAUGGGGCCUCCUGCCCCUACAGUCAGGAGCGGCACGGCGCCAUUGGGUUAGAUGGCUGCUAUUCGGAGUAG